GGUGCCCAUACAGGGGGUCUUCAGAAAUGCAACUAUAAUUGAAGUAUAUGGCAACAAUGGGCUUUGUGGGGGAAUCCAAGAGCUGCAAUUGCGCACACGUUCCAAUAAGCAUAGAAAUCGUGUUGUUUUUAAGUUGAUUCUGGCAAUAGGCAUUCCUGCUUUCUCCGUGGUGGUGUUGUCUUUGAUUUCCUUGUGCUGAUUGAGAAAGUCAAUAAAAAAUGUCUUCCCACUUCUACCUUUGGACACUUCUACCAAAAUAUUUCUUAUCAAGAACUACUCAAUGCAACCGAUGGAUUCUCUGAGAUGAAUUUGAUUGGUUCAGGUAAUUUUGGCACUGUCUAUAAAGGAAAGCUUGGUCUCGAUGAAGUCAGUGUCACAGUCAAGGUACUCAACAUGAAAAAGAAGGGAGCGUCCAGAAGCUUCAUCGCUGAAUGCCAAGUCUUAAGGAACAUCCAGCAUCGAAACCUAGUUGAUAUUUUAACUGCUUGCUCAAGUAUUGAUUUUGGGGGCCAAGAUUUCAAACCUUUAGUAUAUGAGUUCAUGCCAAAUGGGAACUUGGACAUAUGGUUGCAUCCAGAAGAUGGGCUCAAGCAGCUGAGAAAUUUAAGCCUUAUUCAGAGAGUAAACAUUGCAAUAGAUGUGGCUUCUGCUUUGCUUUAUCUUCAUCAUGAAUGCCAUAUACCUAUUAUUCACUGUGAUUUAAAGCCAAGCAAUAUUCUUCUCAAUGAUGAGCUGACUGCUCAUAUAAGUGAUUUUGGUUUGGCACGACUCCUUUCAAAAUCGAACAAGCACGCUUUUCCUAGUCAAUUAAGCUCAACUGGGAUUAAAGGAACCAUUGGGUAUGCUGGUCCAGGUACUAUUUCAUGAUUUCUCAUUUGUUUAGUGUCAAAUGAUAAAGGAAAAAGGAAAUAAAGAACAAAAACAAUUGGAUUUUAAUGAUAUUGGAUUUACUUCUA